AAGGAAUAUCGUUUGUUUUUAUGGCAGUUAGUUUAUCGUUUUUGGUUUCAGGUUUCCUGGGUGAGGCAUCGAGACAUACAUCUGUUGACUGUCGGCCGUUACACGUACACGAGCGACCAACGGUUCGAGGCGUUGCACCUCCCCCACGCCGAGGAAUGGACGUUGAGGAUACGUUAUCCGCAGCGCAAGGAUUCCGGGAUCUACGAGUGCCAAAUAUCAACGACACCGCCCAUCGGCCAUCCCGUUUACCUGACUAUAGUCGAACCGAUCACCAUCAUCGUAGGAGCGCCCGAUCUGUACGUCAACAAGGGUAGCACGAUCAACUUAACCUGCGUGGUGAAGUACGCCCCGGAACCACCGCCCAUGAUGAUCUGGAGUCACAACAGCGAGGUGAGCAAUUCCCUCGAGUGAGAAA